AUGACUAUAGCUAACUACAAGGUUUACCACAUCCUGGUCGAUAUCAAAAGCUUGACCGACAUCAUCUACUCUGAGGCGUUUGAGAGAAUGGGGAUUGACAGGUCACACCUCCGACCUAUGAAGACCCCCCUGCACUGCUUUGUUAGGGAUAAGGUGAUCUUCGAGGGAGCCAUCUCCCUCCCCAUGACAGCAGGGGAAGGGCAGCAUCAAGUCACACUUCUAGUCGACCUCCUCCUUGUGAACGCCCUCACCAUCAACGUCCUCGACUCUAGAGCUCCUAUAGAAGAUUCCUCCAUGGAGGACUUAGUGACCGUCCCACUCAAAGAAGCCAACCUGAGCAAAAUGGUUCUGCUCGGAUCGUCGAUGAAUUUUGAGCAGCGGUCUCAGAUGCUGGCUUUCUUACAGCAACACAAGGAUGUCUUCGCCUGGUCACACAAAGACAUGCCAGGCAUCUCUCUCGAGGUUAUGGUCCACAAGCUGAAUGUGAACCCAAAUCAUAGACCGAUGAAGCAAAAGAGGAGGGCGUUCGACCCCAAAAGAUACUCUGCCAUAGUAGAUGAAGUGUCGAAGCUCCGCCUGUUCUGGAUUGAUCAACUGGUGGAUAACACAACUGAACACGAACUGAUAUCCUUCUUGGACGCUUACUCCGGGUAUAAUCAGAUCGCAAUGCAUCCUCUAGAUAGGUAG